GCUCCAGCUUAAUAUCAAUAAAUUUUUUUCGACUUUUUCGCGUUAUGCGCUUAGUAAAAUUGUUGAGUAAAGGCGAAGGCAUUCGGACCCUACUUUGGACAUUUAUAAAAUCAUUUCAAGCCCUUCCGUAUGUAGCGCUUUUAAUUGUAAUGCUAUUUUUCAUUUAUGCAGUUAUUGGCAUGCAGGUUUUCGGAAAGAUUAUGUUGGAGGAAGGGACAGCAAUUGACCGUAACAACAAUUUUCAAACAUUCCCCCAAGCCGUUUUAGUUUUAUUUCGUUCUGCAACGGGAGAGGCUUGGCAGGAGAUUAUGAUGGCUUGUUCUCCACGGGAUGAUGUCAAAUGUGAUCCAGAAUCAGAUGCAGUUAGCAACUGUGGUUCAAGCAUUGCUUUUCCUUACUUCAUAUCGUUUUACGUUUUAUGCAGUUUCCUUAUUAUUAAUUUGUUCGUAGCCGUAAUUAUGGAUAACUUCGAUUAUCUUACUCGUGAUUGGUCCAUACUAGGCCCUCAUCAUUUGGACGAAUUCAUCAGAUUAUGGAGUGAAUAUGAUCCUGAUGCAAAGGGCCGCAUUAAACACUUGGAUGUAGUUACACUUUUGCGAAAAAUUUCUCCUCCUUUGGGAUUUGGUAAAUUAUGCCCUCAUCGUAUGGCAUGCAAACGCCUUGUGUCAAUGAAUAUGCCACUUAAUUCAGAUGGGACAGUACUAUUUAACGCAACGUUGUUUGCUGUUGUUCGCACAUCUUUAAGUAUUAAAACGGAAGGUAAUAUUGACGAAGCUAAUGCUGAACUACGAGCAACAAUAAAACAAAUUUGGAAGAGAACAAAUCCAAAAUUGUUAGAUCAAGUUGUUCCUCCACCUGGAAACGACGACGAGGUUACUGUUGGUAAAUUUUACGCAACAUAUCUUAUACAAGACUAUUUCCGUCGGUUUAAAAAGCGAAAGGAACAGGAAGGUAAAUGCGAACAUACAGAAAGCUCAGUAACUUUACAAGCUGGACUUCGAACACUGCAGGAAAAUUCCCCAGCAUUAAAAAGAACCAUUUCAGGAUAUCUUGAUGAGUUGUCAGCAGAAGCUGAUCCCAUGCAUAGGAAAUCUUAA